ACAACAACGCACAGGUUCUGUAUACAACGGCAUCAUAAAAUAUGCCUUCCGUUAAUCGCAAAAGCAAAGAAGAGUAUACCUAACCUUACGCGCACGUUGCACUAGUGGACAGUCGGCAGUCUGUGUGAUGGCCCUACACGAUUUCCAAGCACCAUGGGUUUCGUGUCCUACCGCCGGCUUUCGUGACAGUGAUGAUAAAUUGUCUCUGUUUGGUCAGUCUGGUAAUUAUUGAGUCCGUAGCUGGGGUAUACUGUGCGUGACUACACCCUGUUUCAUACCGGCGUGUUAUGAUGAUUGAUUUCGUGAUUCUAUGCGUAUAUUCCCCUCUACUACUUCUUAACCUUGGUGUAGAAAUACACAUAAGAAAUUAAUUCUUUCUAUUGUUUUUAGUUAAAGGUUGUCCUGUAAACCUUUCUGUUUGAUGUAAAUGUGUUUGGUAAUACAAUUAUCUAAACCUGAUGCACUCUGCUGCGUCUCUCGACUCUGAGGCGCAUCCGCAAAAUGCUGACUAUGCUGAGCAGACUAGAUUAAACCGGCCCUCACUCACUCACGCUCAUCUCACUCAUCACAGCGCCUCACGUCCGGACUCGUUUAUUCAUACAUUUACGCAUACCUGGGACAUUUGCUCGACUCGUGACUCUGUCCUUGGGUCGAUCUGAAAGCGAGUUGUACAAGGAUUUAUAACUUCAUGGUCGGCUCGCAGUCGUGUGUCGUUAUGGAUGUGCUGAUGACAUCAUUUAAUGGCCGUAGUCUUGGCUUCUAAAAUAUCUUCAGGAAAAUACCUAAAACAGGGUGAUUUCAACUCAGUAUCCUCGUUCGCUCGCAUGUGCAAGACACUGGAAACGUGAAAACACCUGUGCAGUUUACCUCUCGCGAAGAUGACUUGUCCCUGCGUGUCGGAUGAAACCAUGUGUGAUGCUCGACCUGUAAGGGACGCGAUGGAGAGGGACUUGCCGAGCGACAGGUUCAUGGAACUCGACGCUGGCGAUGAUGAUGCUUUGCUCAUCCAGAGAAUUGAUUCCAAUGAGAUCAUCUAUUGUCCACCCAAGAGGAAGUACAAGUUGGUGCUGCAAGAAACAUCCCCGAACAGAGGAAGAGGUAUCUCUGGGUGGAGAUGAUGAUCGUCACAGCAUAAGCAUAGUUCCUUAUCUCCGGUCAAAUUACUAUGACUCCGAGUCAGAAGAGGAACUUUUCACGGAACACCAGCUCAAUGAAUCAAGAAACCAAGCAGAAUGCAAGUCAGAAAUGUCAGGCACAGAUCUUCAAGAAACACGUGGGGCUCACACAAAGCGAAGAAGACGUAAACCUACCUCAUGUAUUAGUGUCAAAUCCAUUACCUCCUGCAAACAGUCUUGACACUGCACAUGCAUACCCUAUUGAUGUUGGUACUGGCUGAGCUUCUGCCUGAGGCUUAGGGUAUAAAGCUUAGGAGGAGGAACUUCAUAUAUGGCCUUGUAUAUCGUGCACGAACAUCAUCGAUCUGAGUACAUUUGUUUCUCCUCAGACUUUCAUCACCUUCAUUAUCAUUUUUGUGAAACUUCACUCCUUUGUCAUGAUCAUGAUGCAAAUACUUGAAGAAAAGGAAUCCAGUAUUGGUUUCUCUGUAUGUUGUAAAAGGUCAUAUAAUAAAAGAGUGAUCCCAGUACAGUCUGGGAGUGUGUGUGUGUGAUUUUGCAUGUGUAAGCAUGCAUGAGUGUAAGUGAGUUUUUGUGAGUGAAAAGAUAUGUGGAUAAAAAAGUGUUCAGCUUAUGCCAGGUUACAUAUAUACCUUAGAAAGGUUGAUUCAGGUGCAGAGUGGGACCAGGACUGUGACAGAUGAUGUCAAAUGAGUAAUUAUUGAGGAUUAAGGUCUGGGAUUCGGUUUUUAGGUUUGUAAUAGGUGUGCCCACCAGAAGUUGUAGGGAAAGACUUUCUCUCUCUGUAUAUCUUUAUCAUCUAUUCUCUCUUCCCCCCUCUUAACCCCUCUCUCCCCCUCCUCUCUCUCUCUCUC